AUGGCUGUGGUUCCUAACAUGGCUAUCUAUCACUAUAGAACCGGACACGAAUCCAACCGUCAUGCCUCAGAGUCUCUCCCAGAUGGUGCCCCAUAUGAGCAAUUCAGAACAGCUCAAGUUACUCGUGACCUGGCAUUGUUUCUUCGACGUUGGUAUACACCUGGUUACCCCAGCUGGGAAGUCUUCGCAUCCGCCACAAGGAACUAUGCGAGCGGCAUUGGUCACAAUCCAAAUUUCAAUCGUAUCUAUACAGCCACAGGAAGACAGCCAUGGUUUGAUCAGCUUGUAAGGAGCGAUGCGAUCAGACCAUUUUUUGAUGCACCCAUAUGCGAUUGGAAUAAUCAAAUAAAC